CCCUAAAAUCUGGUCGCCAUGGCGCAGAUCAGCAACAGGACCGCGCGCGCGCGCGCCGCGAUGGAGCUCAAGCUCAGCAUUCUCUCGGCGCUCAACAAGCUCGGCGAUCGCGACACGCAGCAGAUGGCGGUGGAGGAGCUGCAAAGAAUUGCCGAGAAUCUGUCGCAGGACGGGAUUUCGGUGUUCCUGGCGUGCCUGUUCGACGUCGGGCCGGAGCAGAAGAUCACGGCGCGCAAGGAGUGCGUGAAAAUCCUCGCGGUGCUGUCGGCGAUCCACGGUGAGAUGCUCUCCCCCCAUCUUCCCAAGAUCGUCGCGUUUCUCAUGCGGCGGCUCAAGGAUCCCGACAGCCAGAUUAGGGACGUGUGCGUGGACACGAUCGGUGUGCUCGUCCCCAGGGUCCCGGCCACCGAGAACAAUGCCAACCCACAAGGGGGAUUUCUGGUGGUCUACACCAAGCCGCUGUUUGAUUCCAUGGGCGAGCAGACGAAGAACGUCCAGAUUGGAGCGGCAAUGUGCCUCGCCAGAGUGAUCGAGAAUGCUCCAAAUCUCUCCCCGGCUUGCAUACACAGGCUCGCUCCGCGGAUCAUCAAAGUUCUCUCUAGCCCAGGAUUCAUGGCAAAGGCAGCGCUUCUAUCAGCAAUUGGAAGCCUCUCUCGGGUUGCCAAAGAUUCUGGGGACGAGCAUUUGGCCCAGCUCGUGCCUUGCGUCCAAGAAUCUCUUCACUGCAGCGAUUGGACUGCUCGAAAAGCUGCCGCAGAGACUUUAUCUGUGCUUGCUUGCCCCGGUUUGUCCAAGCUAAAGCCGUCGACACUUGGAGUACUGGAUUCUCAUCGCUUUGACAAGGUGAAACCAGUGCGAGAUGCUGUUACCUGUGCCAUCCACGUCUGGAAGACGGUUCCUGGACCCGAGCUAGAUAGCUCUCUUAAAAUAAGAAGCACCAACAAUAACAAUACUCCGGAAGAAACGCCUAGUUUUUCACGUUGUUGGAAGGAACCGGAUGCUGAAGCUGACUGUUCUGGUGCUGUUGCAGCUAAAACGUAUGAACAGGCCGAGUCAGUAUCGUCCGAUGACAAGGCUUCUAACAAAGGAUCGAGCAGGAAGAAAGCGCCAGCUGUUAGCGACCUGAAAAUGAAUCCGGACUUCUUUCGAAAGCUGGAAAGUAAGAUUUCCGACGACUGGGAAGUGGAGGUUGCUGUGCCUCGGGUGUCACCAUCGCAAGACAUAGAAGGCAAGUCCGGCAGCGACAAGGAGUUUGUUUCGGCCGAAGCUGAUAGUCGAACCACUGUUUCAGGAGAGGCCGAUGGGAGUUCUAGGAGGAGUCGGACUCCUGUUGGCUCUGAAAAUCUUUCCGAGGCUAAUUCUGCUCCGGAGGGUGGUGGUGUUGGUGGUAACGCUGCUGCUGCGAGCCUAACGAUCAAGUCCUCCGUGGAAACUGUAUCGUGGCUGGAUGCCACCCCGGAAGAACAAAGCGAGAAAGACCAAAAGAGUCAGCUUUGGGAUGGAGAUCCGGAGCCAGCAAGUACUGAGCCACGUUUGAAUGGCAGCGACUGGAUUCUUAUACAGCGACAGAUAUGCCAAUUAGAGCGUGGACAAACUGAGCUUCUGGAAAUGCUACAAGAUUUCAUGUGCACCUGCCAAGAGAGCAUGCUUUCUUUGCAAGACAGAGUACAGCGACUUGAGAGGUCCGUAGAAAACAUAUCCUCGGGAAGGAGCAGCGGUGGUGGCAACGGCAGGGGCGCGACAACGACUCUCGAGUUCACGUCACGGAACAGAAGUUUUGGGGACUCGAGGGAGUCGGACGCGUUGGGAUCCAGGUUCCUGAAGCUGUCGGACUACGAGGAAAGAUUCUCGAUCAACUCGGACAGGAGCGGGAGGGAGUCGCCGUAUAGCAGUAUCCAGGAGCUGCAGGCCAGCAUCAACUACGACACUUUGAGAAGCGUUGCGGGCGUACGACGUGAAAGCUCUCGACACCAACAACAACAGCAACAACACGUAGACAGUGUUGAGGACCAGCAGCCAGUGGCGAGACGAGCGUGGGACAGAGGCCCUGGUCCAGUGAGGCCUGGAGAGGGCCCUUCCGCAAGGAGUGUAUGGAGAGCCUCCAAAGACGAAGCGACGCUGGAAGCUAUCAGGGGUGCUGCUGGCGAAGAGGCUGUGGCCUCGGACAAGUCACCGGAGAUGGUGAUGGAGUCCAAGCAGCCGGAGCUCAAACAGGUUGCGCCACCUUCCUGGCUGUUCUGGACGCGGGCAAUGGAGAACCUUCACGGUGGCGAUGUCGAUUGUGCCUACGAGGAGGCAUUGUCGGCCGAGGACGACUUGCUGCUGGUGCGGAUGAUGAAUCAAACCGGCCCGGCUUUCGACCACUUCUCCAACUCGACCGCGAUAUCGAUGUUCCGAGCACUCUUGCAAAUACUUCAUCAGCAGCAUUUUCUCGAUGCUGCUUUUCCUUGGCUUGAUCAGGUUUCAGAGCUCGUGAGAACGAAAGGAGCCGAUUGCUUCAAGUUCUCCAUGGAUGCAAAGCGUGAGCUCGUCACGUCCUUGCACGAUGCUUCGGCGCUGGACUUCCCGGAGAGGUGGAUGGGCAAUGCUGUGGCUAAGCUGGCUCUUCAGCUGGCCACUGCUUGGUCUAUUGACUUGCUCGAAUGAGAGAGGUAUUGCGAGGCUGAUAGAUCGUUUUUUUUUUUAUAGGACCUGUCUCUGUGUGUAACCAUUCUCUCGAUUGGUGACGUUCGGCCAAGGUGGCCCUCUUUAAUAAGCUUCAAAUUCUUCAAAA